AUGGCCGACUUUGACGCUCCCACCGGCCCCCCCCCGCCCAAGGUGCCAGAAGGCUGGGUCGCGCGCUGGAACGACCAGUACAAGGAAUGGUUCUACGUAAACACCUACACCAAAAAGUCCCAAUGGGAAAAACCCACCGAGCCGGCCAUCCCGCCCCGCGAUGACGCUCCUGCCGGUCCGCCCCCGAGUUACACCGCCGGGGAUGUUAAACCUGUUGUUGUUUCUGAUGCAAAGGUCAAUCCUUACGAUAAUACCAACCAGUCGACCACGGGCGGUGCGUCCGGAUCUGGGACCCAUCAAACCGAAAGCGAAGACGAACGCCUGGCUAGGCAGCUACAGGCGGAGGAGGACGCUAGGGCGCGGUCUCAUGGGGGUACUACAACGCCGCAGCAGAGCUUUCCGGGACAGCUCCCGCCUAGACCGGAUAAUCUUGAGAAGGGGAAGAGUUUCUUGGGGAAGUUGUUUGGGGGGAAGAAGGGGGGCGGUGGUAGUCAUGGGUCUGGAGGGACAUUGGGUGGGUUGGGGGGGUUGAUGGCUAAUCGCCCUGGGAGUCACAGUCAGUAUCCGGGGGGUUAUGGAGGGCCGGCGCCGCCUCCUCAGGGGGCUUAUGGUGGUGGCGGUUAUCCUCCUCAGGGAGUGUACGGCGGUUAUCCUCCUCAGCAGGGGUAUGGAGGUUACCCUCCUCAGCAGGGUUAUCCACAGCAGGGUUAUGGGGGUUAUCCUCCUCAGGGGGGGUAUGGGGGUUAUCCUCAGCAGGGCUAUGGUGCUCACGGUAGGCCCGCGAAGAGCGGUCCUGGGAUGGGGAUGAUGGCUGGUGGUGCGGCGUUGGGUGUGGGUGCUGGAUUGCUUGGUGGUGCGUUGGUUGCGGAUGCGAUACAUGACAAUCAGCAGGAGGCUUAUCAGGAGGGGUAUCAGGAUGGGGCGGAGGGGGAUUUUGGUGGGGGGGAUGAUUUUGGGGGUGGUGAUUUCUAGAUUGGCUUCUAGAGUUGUGGUGGUGUGAAGAAGAGUUGGUUGAUUGGUUGUUUUCUCGUUGUCUCUAUUACCCCUCUGUGUUUUUCUUUGCUGUGUCUGUUGUUUUCUGUGAACCUAUGAUUGGGAUGGCUUAGCAUGGUGUCUACGAAGAGUUGCAGAUGGUGUUUGUAUAUACAUGUUAUGAAUAAAUGAGACCAGACUGUUAUGCUCUCGGGUCAACGUAUGUCUGCUAUUGUGUUGCGCAACUCUGGCUGCUAUAACAAAUAAUGUGAGUUAUGGAACGCCAUUAUGAGCUGAG